CCGCCCGCCCCGCGCCGCCUCUCAGGGGGUGUGGCUCGAAUUGCGGCCUGCGACAGGUGGCCGGUGGGGCAGAAGCUGGCCACCCGCGUGGGCCCAGGCCGGCUGGGUUCCGGGCGCGAGCGCGACCAGGCAGGGGUGCGGCCCGGCCUGACCCCUGGUGGCCCCGGGCUGUCCCCUGCCAACCCUGGCUCGUCUCUUGCUGUCCCGACUGGAGGUCUCCAGUGAGCUGCGGACGCCGGCGCUGCGGAGAGAAGCGGAGUUCUCUGGUGUUCAUGGGGAGAGAAUGGAGAAGAGAACAUGCAUUCAUUUACUGACCACUCGGGGAUGCAGAGGGUGCCUGGAGUCCCUGGAGACAGCGUGGGCACACACUGCUUCACCCAUGGCAGCCAGGUCAGGGCUCCCAGUGCCCACUGCUCCGUCUUCCCUGGGCUCUUCUUAGAGCAGCACUCGGCAGACUGCAGCCAGGGCCCAAAUACAGACACCACCCGCCUCGAGGUCCAUGGCCCAAGAUGACUCUAGCGGUGGAGCCUGUCUUCUGUAGAGAGGGGGACCGGAUCACAGGCUGGGAUGAACAUGCCGCUGCACCAGGUCUCUGCCAUUCCAGCCCAGGAUGCUGCUUCUGGUAGAGUUUACAGGAGCAAGACCAAAGAAAAGGAGAGAGAAGAACAGAAUGAGAAGACUUUGGGACAUUCCAUGAGUCAUUCAAGCAACAUUUCUAAGGCUGGGAGUCCUCCGUCCUCAUCAGCUUUGGUGUCUGCCUUCUCUCACACUUCUGUCACACCAUCCAACCAGGACAUCUGCAGUUCCAGCGCAGUGUUCUCUGAGUUCUGUCACCAUAGUCCUGUGCGGUCUGCUGUUGUCUUGAAAGCUCCUCCCUGCCAGAGUUCUCUGACAUCAGGGCUCACUGUGACAGUUGUUUGUAAAGACAUACUGCAGGCAACCAAGAGAAACCCCUCAGGCCUGGAAUGGGCUGAGGCCUGGAAGCCUGGCCAGAGCACCAGGGCUGGAAGAGCCCUGAAGUUCUCCAAGUCCCUGAGUGAUGUGGGGGUGAAGGGCCAAGACGGCCUGGACAGUGCCUGCGUUGUGGGAAGAAGCAGCUCGGAAGGGAAGCUGGCCCUGGCCCCAGGCCCCAGUCUCAGGGCCAGCAGGUUCCUCCUCCAGGGAUGGAGAGUGCCAAGCCGUGCUUCUGUUGUCCGGUCCAAAUAUGCGUGCAUCCCGCCCCUCGCUGGGCCCCGGCCAGCUGUCUGGGAGGCAGCUGCUGGCAGGAGGUGUGACCACAGACCCCGUUGGGAGGAGGAGGCGGAUGGUGAGGCGAUGACGCCUGGGAGCCGGCGCCUGCUCCACUACCUGCUCUCGCUGUCCCGGGGUUCGAGCACCAGCAGCCUGCACCGGUUCCACGAUCUGGAGGCCCACGCUGCCCACCUGCACGCCACCCCCUCCUCCAGUGGGCUGGCGGGGAGCACGGGCUUCUGCUCCGCUGAGAUGGGCGACGACGAUGUCUUUGAGGACAGCACCUCCGCUAGGCUGAAGAACAGCAUCCUGCGGGCGCCCCUCUGCUCCGUGGAAAAGGACAGUGACCUGGAUUGCCCCUCACCCCAGUCUGCAAAGCUGCCCCCAGCCUCCCCCGGGUCCACCUCUGGGGACGCCUGCAGGAUCUGCCACUGCGAGGGUGAUGACGAGAGCCCCCUGAUCACACCGUGCCGCUGCACGGGCAGCCUGCACUUCGUGCACCAGGCCUGCCUGCAGCAGUGGGUUAAGAGCUCUGACGCGCGCUGCUGUGAGCUGUGCAAGUACGAGUUUGUCAUGGAGACCCGGCUGAAGCCACUGCGGAAGUGGGAAAAGCUGCAGAUGUCGCCCAGUGAGCGUAGGAAGAUCAUGUGUUCGGUGACCUUCCACGUCAUCGCCAUCACCUGCGUGGUCUGGUCCCUCUAUGUGCUCAUCGACCGCACCGCUGAGGAGAUCAAGCAGGGGCAGGCAACAGGCAUCCUGGAGUGGCCCUUUUGGACUAAGUUGGUGGUCGUGGCCAUUGGCUUCACCGGAGGACUUCUUUUUAUGUAUGUUCAGUGCAAAGUGUACCUGCAAUUGUGGAAGAGACUCAAGGCCUACAAUAGAGUGAUCUAUGUUCAAAACUGUCCAGAAACAAGCAAAAAGAAUAUUUUUGAAAAAUCUGCACUAACAGAGGCCAGCUUUGGAAAUAAAGAUGGACAUGGACUCUGUCGUUCCGACACAAACUCCUCUUCCUGCACAGAUCCUGAGGACACCGGGGCAGAGAUCAUCCAUGUCUGACGUUCUGGACGUCUGCGGGACGCUGAAGGAUGCUGUUUACUGCCAACUGUGUACCUUUCUCCUGUCCUCUAAUAGCAGAGUCGGCAGGCGAUGAGCUCUGCUGGCCUCAGUGGACUCUCCUCAGUGACCAGAAGCCAUCCUGUGACCAGCGUGUCAGGAUCCCCUUUGCCUGGCUGCUCUGGGGGUGGGAAAGUGGCAGGCCCCAGGGGCCACCAUGGGGGAAUGGCUCAGCUCUGCCUGUGGUCUCCACAGGGUGAAGAAUAAAAUGCCAAACACGAGGGGCAAGCUGGAGUGGGGUGCGGCGGGAGACAGCCCUGCCCUGCCCCAGCCGCACCCUGAGCCCACAGCGCCUGAUUCCCUGAACAAGCAGCACUUUACAAAAGAGUCUUUAUUUUUUAAUAAUGUGUCUAGCGGGAUUGACACUAAAAAGCAUCACAUGUAGAAAUCUUCCCUUCAUCACUCUAGUUAUCUUUCACGUGGAAGUAGAUCCGAAAACCUCUGCCUUAUUUAUUCUAAGAAGGGGACCUCCUCCCUGUGGGACAUGAUACGUGGACAGCGCUGGUGGGCACUGGGGUGCUCAGUGGCAGCGACCAGGCUCCUAAAGCCUGGAAUCUGUUUCCAGGGCCACCUGUGUUUUUUCUAUGUCGGCACUGACAAAAGAGGCUCUGGAUGGCAGAAUAGGAGGAGAGGAAGGGAAUACUUCAACACAGCUGAGUGUUUAAAUCAUGUCCUUGAGACUAGGGACAGAGGUCUCUGGCUGCUGCUGGUUUUGCAGGAAAGGAUGGCCCAGUGUGCCUCGGUGGUCCAGGUACCUGCCCCAGGGCAGUGUGGAGUUGCUGCAGGGCCCAGAGGGGCUAACAGACUACCCAGGGCCACUGCAUCACCACCCCCGCCCCCCCAGCAUGGCCGUAAGGGACUGGGCAGACAGGGUCCUCCAGAGCCUGAGCCUGCUCAGCCUCACCCAUCAUCAGGUUUCCCUCUGGCACCAUUCAUGACACAAAACCAAAACCACCACCUCAGAUGGCCUUGUCCUUUCAAAAAGUCUGCCUGACUGUUCUCAGAGCGAGGUGUCCCAGUGCCAGGCAGACAGUGAGCUGGGGAGGCAGCCAGGAGCCUGCACCGUGAGCAAGAGGCCCAGGACGCACUCUGGGCCAUGGCCACUGCCAGCACUACUGUUUGCACAGCCUCCCGGCAGGGACCUCACAAACAGGCGGGCUUGCCCGGGGAGGGAUCCUGCAGGGUGAGCUGCCCCCCUACUUGGCAGGUGCUGACCACAGCUGCUCCUGAGGUCAUCUGCCUUCAGCUCCCUGGCCACCUCCAGCCUGUGCCUGUGCCCACUGUGCCCAAAGUGCAAUUACCACGUCCCUCGCAGCCCGGGGACACCUGGCAGCUACAGGCUGCCCACUCAGGGCAUUGAGCCUAUCAGCCCUGCCCAGACCCCAGGAACUGCCCCGCAAAGCCUGAGUCCCGUACGUCUGCCCUGCCUCCCUCUAGUGGGACUUUGUGAGCCCUGCCCCCUGGUGCGCCAUCCACUGACCCUGGAAAGCUCUGAGACUCCCAUGGACCAGGAGCGUGUGCAGUGAGGGGCCUGGCACCCCAACAGCAAAGGUGUACCUGCCCGUGUCCAGCCAGAACGCCUCUCCCUCGUCAGGAAGACCGGCGCCAUCUCCUCUCUGGCCACUCUGCCGAAGGGGGCCCACAUCCUCCCCGACCCCAGGGCCUUGGCCACCCCUGUCUUUUCUGACCAUGGAGCCCUCUGCACUGCCCACUAGGGUGGGGCCUGGCUCUGCCCAUGUCCUGUGGGUGCCUUUGCCCUCCUGAGUGCUGGGGUGUGGUAUUUGUCCUUGAUCUCACCUCCUUUCUACCUGGAUUCAGUGGAGGAUGCUAUUUGGCUAAACCACACUGAAUGCUGAGCUCAGGGGAUCUCGGGGCCAGGAAAGUGGAGACCACAGGCUCAGGGUGUCACUGCUGGCCCUGUCCGACUCAGCGCUGCAGCCCCAGCACCACUGGCAGACUUCUGACUUUGGCUCCUCACCCAAGCCUGUGGGUGAGUCUGCCUGGUGCUGUGGACACCGCUGGGCGGACACCUGGGAGCUGCUGCUCCUCCCUUUGGAUCUGAUUUCCAAUAUGCAACUUUCCUGUCUAGCCCAAGGAAGGACCCAGACACAGGGAAAUAGAAGCAUUUAUCUCUUCUGGAAUUGUUCGAGGUGCGCAGCUGAUCUGUACGUAUUUAGAUGCAAUGUUUAUAAAAACUUGAUUGUUAAUAAAAACCAAAUUUACACUGACAUGUGUGGUGUAUUUUCUAAAAGGCACUUCACAUUUGGAAAUUUUUCUUAGGAAAUUUCUCGCCAUCUAAAUGUCUACUUUUGUAUCCUUUAUGUAUUUUCACUGUCUCUCAGUAUUAUCACCUGAGUAACCCUCUGUGCAGGGAGUCCGUGCAUCUGACUGCAGCAAUAAAGCCUUUCUUCACUAAGGA